AAGUCAUGGAUCGCGAAAGUAAAUGAACAACACAGGCAAAGGGAGCUGAAUGUGGAACGGCUCAGAGAAGAGGACGCCGACCAGGUCACCAGCUGAUGUCUUCCAUCGGCAUGAAGUCCGGGCUCACCCUAAUCGUCCCUGCUUUCAUCGCAAGCCCAUGAUCCUGUGUCGACGCAUAAAACGCGCAACUGCCGCGAUUCCCAGCUCUUCUCCACGAUCAUAUCAAUCUAUCCUCUCCUGUUAAUGCAACCACAGUCGCGAAACAAUGCUUCUAGGCCUCUUCUUUAACCUCCGAUUGGCCACACCCUAAAUAAACACGAUCUCUGUAUGAGAAGCAGCCACCCCGCCUCCGCCCCCCGAGGAUUGUGAAUACCUGGCUGUCCUGUACCUCUGAUAUAUUAACUGACCCCCCAGAUCAAACAGGGAUCCACCACCCAUGAUGGUCUCGGCUCGCUUCGCUCUGCUUGUGGCACAGGACUCUGAUAGUAUCUCAUGUCGUCCCGUGGGUCCGGAGGCGGACCCUACGAGUCUGGGGAUGACGGCUGGCUGUGAGGGGGCGGGGAAGACUCAGAGCGCAGAGGACACUGGACGAUGUACAGUGACUACGGACGGUGACGACGUCCAUGCCGAUGGCCGAGAUACAUGUGACAAGGAAUGCUGGUUGAAGUAUUGGUACAUCGAAUUGACUUGCAUAUGACAGGGCUUCGGGACAGUAGUGUCCAGACUCACGGUUUCAUGCAGCAAAAGUUCCCCGUGAUGCCGCGAUUUCCGCAGACCGAUGAAUACAUGAACAUGUCUCAUGUAUUCGUAAGGUACCUGUACCCUCUAGUCGCUUUUAGGCGUUCUCCUGCUGCGAUACUGUGAAGCACCAGCAGCAGCAAGUGUAGUACCUGUACAAAGUCUUGGGCUAAGUCAAAGGAGCCGGAAGCAGGGCUCCCCCAACCACCGUAGACGAUGCAAUAUGGAGAGACCCCGCCCCCGCAUACCGCCUGCCAACGGUCAGUACGGCGUCUCCCCGCUGCCCACCAUCAUCAGACCAAGGGUUUGCUUCAAGGAUAUUCCCAUCGACCUGGCGAAGAGCUGGUAUUAGCAUAUGGAUUAUACGGUACCGAAUUUCUUGGUGGUACGGCUGUUGGUACGAGGAGGGAUUGAGGCGAGAG